AUGUCGUUUUGCCGUCUGAAAAUCAAUUCAUGUUCCCCCGACUCUCUCUCUCUCUCGACGGCCAAAGAGUUCGACAGAGAUCGUCCUCCCAUUUCAUCCCAAUUUCAUAAUCCUCUCAGAUAUUUCGCUCCCUCGACACCGAUCCGUUGUCUCACCGAAAGCUUCCUGUGUGAAGACCAAUUUGAUACGAUUAAUCUAUCUGAUAAUGAGAUAGUUAAGCUAGAAAACUUUCCACUCCUCAACCGCUUGGGAACUUUGAUCAUUAAUAAUAAUAGGAACACCCGGAUAAAUCCUAAUAUUAGAGAGUUCCUGCCGAAGCUGCACACAUUGGUUCUUACCAAUAACAUGCUUGUGAAUUUGGUUGAAAUUGAUCCCCUUGCCUCCAUUCCAAAGCUCCAGUACCUUAGUUUAUUGCCAGACUUGAACAGGCUUUGA